AUGGCUUCUGUUUCGUUUACUUUAGCUCCAGAAGCUAUUCUACAAUUCCAUGAUAUCCUAGUGUGUUUGGCGAAGUUCAAUGAUGCGGUGUCCAUCGAAGCAGAACAUGAUUUUCUCCGCUUUUCUACGUUGAAUGCCACAAAGUCUGGCUAUGCCUCGUUCAGAUUUGAUGCUACCUCGUUUUUCAACGAGUACUCGUUCGAUGGCUCCAGACGCGGCAGUGCCAUGACUUCCAAUGCGCGAAGUGGAGCGAGAAAAUUGUCGUGCCAAAUAUACAUCAAGGCGCUACUAUCCGUAUUCAAGGGUAGGAGUCUCGACUUCAAAGACAAAGACACGGCUGUUGAGCGGUGUGAGGUUCAAAUAUUUGAUGAACCAGACGAAACUGAAUGUAGAGCUGUGAUACGAAUGAUAUGCAAGCAUGGUGUUGUCAAAACAUCCAAGUUGACGUACGAAUCGGUGGAAGUUAAACAUGCUGUAUUCGACAAGUCCAAGACAAAAAAUAAAUGGGCUAUAAAUUCAAAAUUUCUGAGAGAAAUUGUGGAAUAUUUUGAAAUUUUAAAGAAACCCGUGCAUACCUCUGUCUCCAUCAAUAUUCGAGAUUUCGAAGAGUGCGCUGUCGAGGAGAGACUACACGUUGCAACCAGCGUUAAAGACUUCAAAGCAAUUAUAAUCCAUGCAGACACCUUAAAAACCCUGAUAACUGCACGAUAUACUAAGCCAUGCCGGCCCUUGCAGCUUUCCUACCAGUCAGGCGGUGUGACGUGCGAAUUUACUCUGAUGACGAGAGGAGAGGCCGGAGAUGCAGACGCUGCAUCCAACGCUGAUACCCGCGAGCUCUCUGCUAUGCCAUAUUCUAAGCCUCCACAGACGGCUUCUGUCAAUGAUGAAACAAACGUUACAGCUGCCGAGAUAGAUGCUCCAGAGAAUGAAGUUGUUCCAAGGCCUUUCCAUGGGGCUGCUAUUCAAGAUACACCGCAAGAGUUACCGCCAAUAGGGGCAUCCUUUGAUCGAGAUAGUUUGUUCGUUCCACUGGACGAUGAUCGCCAGUGGGACGAGCCUCAGUAUGAGGAAGAGCAGGAAGACAUCCUUGGUUGGGAUGCAAAUCUGGAUCAGGGCUCGAUGCAAGCACGUCUCGUUGAAACUCGCCAGGAUCACCCAGCUAGAACUAUAAAAGGAGAGAAGCGAGAUGGGGAGUUUGAGCCUCCGGCAAUUCCCCCUACGCAGCGAAUAUCUCAGAUACGAGGUCUGUUUGACUGA